AUAUAUUACGUCACAAAUCGCAAUGGAUCCGACAAGACGAUUCCUCCUGCGUCUCUGCUUCUUCUUCUUCUUCUUCCUCGCUUCGCUUCCUUGGUCCGUCGAUCGAAAUGCCCGCUUCGAAUUCGCUCCCACCCUCAUCAUCAUCUCCAUCUCCAUCGUCGGAGGCUCCAUGAGCUUCCGUUUCUUCCCCUCCACGCGCCGUUCCGUCGGUCGCCGAGGACGCGCGCCUCCGUUCUCCGGCGUGAUCGCCCGAAUCCGGGUCGCUGGCGGACCGUAAUCGAGGUAAAGCGGAUGUGGGUGUCUCUUCUUUCGGCUUUUCUUGGGCAAUCUGUGUUGGGAAUUGAAGGUUUUUGAGGGAUGACGCGCCGAGGAGCUGAAUUCUUUCCGGACGAGGUCGUCAUUCAGAUUCUUUCCCGAUUGCCCAUCAAGUCUCUGUUCAGGGCAAGGACCGUGUGCAAGCUCUGGCACAGGUUGUUGUCGGAGGAUUACUUUGUCCGCCUCUACAAUGAAGUGUCCGUUAGGGACUCCAUGGUGGUGGUGGAGGUCUCCGAGUCGUUGGACUCGGUGCCGACCUUCAUUUGCGUCGAUAGCUCGAGGGGUGUCUCUGACUUUUCUCUCGGUUUCUUGAACGAUAGAGUUAAGGUCAGGGCCUCGUGUAAUGGCCUGCUUUGUUGCUCGAGCAUUCCUGAUAAGGGUGUUCACUAUGUCUGCAAUCCGGUGACUAGGGAGUUUAGGUUGCUCCCGAGGAGGGAGAGGGCGAUGAAUAGGUUUCAUCCCGACGGCGAGGCUACCCUGGUGGGUUUGGCUUGCGAUUUGUCUGUGCAGACUUUCAGCGUUGUGCUGGCGGGUUACCACCGGACUUUUGGCCACCGGCCUGAUGGAACGUUCAUUUGUUUCGUCUAUGAUUCGGAGUCGAACAGGUGGAGGAGGAUCGUCUCGUUUCAAGAAGAUCAUUUCACGCAUAUGAGCAGGAACCAGGUCGUGUUCGUUAACGGCGCCCUUCACUGGUUGACGGGUAGCUCCUCGUAUAUUCUUGUACUCGAUUUGCAUUACGACAUCUGGAGGAAAAUAUCCUUGCCGGAGCAGCUGAGUUGUGGGGCAGGGAGUAGGAUUUAUCUGUUAGAGCUGGAUGGGAGCUUAUCGAUAAUUCAGAUCUUACAGGGCUGGAUGAUCAUUUGGGCGUUGAAAGAUUACGUGAUGGAGAAUUGGCAAGUGGUGGAUAGGGUUAGUCUGAGAUGCAUCCGAGGCUUGGUGCCGGGCAUUUUUCCGAUAAGUCAGACGAGUGAAUAUUUAUUUUUGGCCACUCAUAAGCAGGUGUUGGUGUAUCAACGAAAGAGAAGAGUGUGGAAAGAGAUGUACUCUGUGAAGAACGGGUCGACACUCCCCUUGUGGUUUUCAGCCCAUGCUUUUCGCAGUGCGAUCUUCUCUUGUAAAUGAGUUUGGUAGUUCUUUCCGUGAAAGUCUGUACAUACUGGUUGCUGGUAUUGAUAUUGAAUCAGCUGUUCGUUGCGUGUGGAAAUUUUUUCUAUGAUGAUUCAUAUGUGGUUAGGCUGUGUGCCAUAUAAAUCAACUAGUCUUUGACAUUCUCUUUCGAAUCAUGUUUCACAUUAGAGUUCAAGAAGGUUAAUUACCUUUCAAGAUGUGAGCUUGCUGUCAGUAUGCUCUUAAUUGGUGUCCUGGGACUAUUAGAGCUAAAAUACAAUUUGUAGGUGGUGUUCAAAUGUUUGGUUCACACAAAUUUCCAUGUUCAGCAACAGAAACCCUGCUAUUAUAUGUAUCCAGUAUCAUCAUGUAAAUGCUGGAAAGCAUUAUCAUGUCGUGUGUUUAACUUUGACUGCAUUUACAGUUCUUUCUUUGUGGUUGUUAA